AUUUUAAUUACUAUUGUUCGUAUAGGAUAAUUGAGCAUAUUUAAGAUCAAGCCUCACAGACAAGAAGUAUAAUCGACUAGAUAAAUGGCAAAUGAAUGAGUUGCAUGGAAAAUUGAUAGGGCGAGAUAAAGAGUUCAAAUUAAUGGGGGAUAAAUUGACACCUUUACUCAUUGUGACUCGUAGAAAUGAAAAUCGAACAUUGUUCUACAUUGAAGAUUUGGUUGUUAAUACUUUCUUCAAAUUGCUUAGGAAGAGAUCUGAGAGAUUUCCAGGGGCAUACAUUAAUCACUAUUCAUUUGACUCUCAAAUAGCUACAUUCUUGAUAGAUGGAUCCAAAUCAGAACAUGAAGUAUUAGCUUGUUUAAAGGAGAGAAGCUCACAGGUGUACAUAAAUUGUUUCUACCAUUGUGUUUAUCAACACACUGGGUUCUUUUCUAUGUUGAUACAAGAGAAAUAGAUUUCAUGGUUGGAUUCAAAGCCAUCUUCGCAAAUAAGAUCUAAUGGUGAUGAAAAAGGAAACAAUAUUAGGAUGCUUUACAUAUUUUCUACUACCAGAGUUUGGUUACAGUGAUGCGGAGGAAUGGCCAUUCAUAGUGCGUAAUGAUAUUCCAAAGCAAAAAAACUCGGUUGAUUGUGGGGUAUUCGUGAUGAAAUAUGCCGAUUGCCUUACUCAUGGUGAUUCCUUCCCUUUUGAACAAAAAGAUAUGAUUCAUUUCCGACGUCGUAUCUUUCUUGAUAUAUAC